GCUCUUCUGGCCCGGGCGGCAGCUGAGACGAGCUAGAGGGAGGGAGUGAGGGAGGCCUGGGGCCGCGAUGUGCCGGGAUCGGGAACCGGCGCUUCGGCCGCCGCCGCUGCCAGGGAGCAAUACACACAUACACCACGCAGAUAGCGGAAGAGGCAUUCUGACCGAGGGAAGCCUGCCUGCAGCUCAGGAACUGGAUCAUGGUGGUGUGUCGCUGGGCCCCGCUGUGCUGGGGCUGCCAGGGAGCAAACUUCCCAUGACUAACAAGUGCUGGUCUAGAUUAUGACCUCAAACAAGAACGCUCGCUUCAAUCGUUUCUCCAGUGGCACACCAAACAUCACUGCUUCAGAAAACACUAACGGGACAAGAAUGGAAACAACUUUUGGGCCGGCGUACUCUGCUGUGACGACUAUCACAAAGGCUGAUGGAACCAAUACUUUUAAGCAGCAUCGUCGGACUCCAUCUUCCUCCAGUACACUCACCUACUCCCCACGAGAUGAGGACGACAGCAUGCCUCCGAUCAGCACCCCACGCCGCUCUGACUCCGCUAUCUCCGUCCGUUCAUUGCACUCUGAGUCCAACAUGUCCUUGCGCUCGACGUUCUCACUCCAUGAGGAAGAGGAGGAGCCAGAGCCACUGGUGUUUGCUGAACAGCCAUCUGUGAAACUGUGCUGCCAACUGUGCUGUAGUGUGUUUAAGGAUCCGGUCAUCACAACCUGUGGGCACACGUUUUGUAGAAGAUGUGCCUUAACAUCUGAGAAGUGCCCUGUGGACAACGCCAAGCUGACUGUGGUGGUGAACAACAUCGCGGUGGCCGAGCAGAUCGGGGAGCUCUUCAUCCACUGCAAGUAUGGCUGCCGGCCUGCAGCCAGUAGUAAGCCUGCUGCCUUUGAGGUGGACCCCCGUGGAUGCCCGUUUACAAUUAAACUGAGUGUCAGGAAAGAUCAUGAAAGCAGCUGUGAUUACAGGCCAGUUCGUUGCCCCAAUAACCCCAGCUGCCCACCUCUCCUGAAAAUGAACCUGGAGGCACACCUGAAAGAGUGCGAACACAUCAAGUGUCCCCACUCCAAGUAUGGGUGUACAUUCAUAGGAAAUCAAGACACCUAUGAGACCCACUUGGAGAUGUGCAAGUUUGAGGGUCUGAAGGAGUUUCUGCAGCAGACGGAUGAUCGUUUCCAUGAGAUGCAGGUGGCAAUGGCACAGAAGGACCAAGAAAUUGCCUUCCUGCGCUCCAUGCUGGGGAAGCUCUCAGAGAAGAUUGACCAGCUGGAGAAGAAUCUGGAACUCAAGUUUGAUGUGCUGGAUGAGAACCAGAGCAAGCUGAGCGAGGACCUGAUGGAGUUCCGCAGGGAUGCCUCCAUGCUGAACGAUGAGCUCUCCCACAUUAAUGCUCGACUCAACAUGGGCAUCCUUGGAUCCUAUGAUCCUCAGCAGAUCUUCAAGUGCAAGGGGACCUUCGUGGGGCACCAGGGCCCCGUCUGGUGUCUAUGUGUUUACUCCAUAGGAGAUUUGCUUUUCAGUGGCUCUUCAGACAAAACCAUUAAGGUGUGGGAUACCUGUACCACAUACAAGUGCCAAAAGACCCUGGAAGGUCACGAUGGAAUUGUACUGGCUCUCUGUAUCCAAGGGAACAAGCUAUACAGUGGCUCUGCUGACUGCACCAUUAUUGUCUGGGAUAUCCAAAACCUGCAGAAAGUGAACACAAUCCGAGCUCACGACAAUCCUGUUUGCACUUUGGUCUCCUCGCACAACAUGCUGUUCAGCGGCUCCCUCAAAGCCAUCAAGGUCUGGGAUAUUGUGGGUACUGAGCUCAAACUGAAGAAAGAGCUGACAGGUCUCAAUCACUGGGUGCGAGCGCUGGUGGCUUCUCAAAACUAUCUGUACAGUGGAUCAUACCAAACCAUCAAGAUUUGGGACAUCCGAAACUUGGAGUGUGUGCAUGUGCUGCAGACCUCAGGAGGCAGCGUCUACUCCAUCGCAGUUACAAACCACCACAUUGUGUGUGGCACCUACGAGAACCUCAUCCAUGUCUGGGACAUAGAGACCAAGGAACAAGUCCGCACACUGACUGGUCACGUGGGUACAGUUUAUGCCCUUGCUGUCAUCUCCACACCAGAUCAAACCAAAGUCUUCAGUGCAUCGUAUGACCGGUCUCUCAGGGUGUGGAGCAUGGACAACAUGAUCUGUACUCAGACGCUGCUGCGGCACCAGGGCAGUGUCACUGCCCUUGCAGUUUCCAGGGGUCGCCUCUUCUCUGGCGCUGUGGACAGCACUGUAAAGGUCUGGACGUGCUAGUGAGAGCCGCCCCAGUUCUGCACACUGAAAGACCAAAAACUCCUCCCUCUGUCAGCCUGCUGGGUGAUGCCACCACUCUGAAGAACUGCUGCAGCUCCUCUCUGCACCGAGCACUGCCUGCUGCUGCCUGUCAGCCAUGGUUCCUUCCCCUUGCAAGGACCCCGGCGGGCAGCUCUCAGGACAGAUCUGACCCACAGGUGCUCCAGUUGUUCCCUUGGGUCUGCCAUGUGGGAAUGCACAAGAGCCACAUAGUGCCCUCACUGCGGUGUGCGAGUCCCAACACUGGGACCCAGCGGUUCGGGUGGGUGCAGGUGGGGGCUGGGAGGUGGUCCCAUGUAAAUGGUAGUGCUGAGCAUUAGGCCAUGCCCUGGGUUAGGUCCCCAAGCCCUUUCUGUCUCUAGUAUUUAAUUUUACUGCCAAGAUAUCAGGCUGAUCCAUCUGGGAAGAGGUGUUUUCUUGAGUAGCCAGGUACGAUUUUUACGCCACAGCUAGUUCUCAAAUAACACAAUCCCAUUGUUCACCACCCUGUAAUAAUGGUUUCCACAUUAAAGAGAAAAAGCCUCUGUUGCAUUUUUACUCACAUUUUCUACUGUUUUUAAGAUUGUAAUAUAGAUUUGAUUAUUUCUUCAUUGACAAUAAAAGUGGAAAGAGUU